CCAAGUAAAAUAUAAUUUGAAAUAAAUUUUCAGCUCACACACACACACACACACACACACACACAUACACGAAUUUUCCAAUUAUUCCAUUCAGUAUUAUCUAGUACACUUUGUGCAACAAACACCGUAUUUUCUCUCCAAGCAUUUAGAUACAGCACAAUUCUCGGAAUACGAAUGAGAACUAUACGAGCAAGCAAACGAGAACGAUACUUGCUACAUCUUUUUCUUUUAUGCCCAGAAAGUAACAUCUGGCGAAUAGCAGCGGUGAAAGGGAACGAUAUAUAUUAUUAUACAUGUCGCGAAACGGGCAAACGACUACCGUAACAUGGGAAAUAAGAGAACGUUCCGAGGAGAGCUAUAAUUAUGGCGUUAUCGGCGAUAUUUUUGGCGAAAUUCUUAUACGAUUCCGCUUUCGGUGCCGCACACAAGGAGGCAGAGGAAAAAAUAUAUACCCGACUGGCUUAUUAAUCUUGCAAAACAAUUGAUGUUAUUUAUUCAUUUUGCAUGACCGCCACCGACAUUCUUAUAUGCAUUUUCGAAAAAUGCUCGGCUGCCUCAUCAAUCUUGCAAGUAAAUUGAUGCUACCCAUUCAUUUGGCACGAUCGCAUUUCUCUGCAUUUCCCAGCCCACAACUGGAAAAGUUUACUUCGAACCUGGAACGAUACAUUUAUUGUCAGUCUGCUGUACACCUUCGACUCGCAUCGAAGUUCAGGAAGUCAUGCAGGUAUGAGAGCAACGAUAGUGUCGAAUUCGCGAACGAUGAUAUCUGUUUUCGUUUUUCAGUCGGCGGACCUCGCCCGAGCAUCGAAUAUAGUAAUUUGGAACAAAUGGUUCCUGACUUGUCUGGGCUUAUGGCCGGAAAGGGUGAAUCAGCCUGUGUUCAUACUCUUCUCCAUAUACAUGGUAAUUUAUUGCACCAUGGGAAUGAACCAUCUGAUCAGGAACUUCGACCGUCCGGAGCUCGUCGCGGCAAAUUUCACGGAUAACGUUUUGCUUACGAUGAUACUGGGGAAGAUGAUCAUAUGCAGACGGAGCAGCAAAAUAAUGGCCACGUUUCUGAAAAGCAUCGAGGCUGAUUUCACGACGGCGAUGUAUGACAACGUCCGUGAAAAAAUGGCGUACCUGUAUUAUAACAAUAUCGCGCUGAUAUUCAUAAGGAUUUCGAUGUUCAUGACGGGAAUUUCGGGUGGGUCGUAUUUCUUCAGGAAAUUUAUCGAAAAUUGGAACGAAUUGAUAUCUGGUAAUUUUUCGUAUGAAUUACCAUAUCCGGUUCAUCCCUUCUUUGAGAUCAAAGACAUGACUACGUACGUAUGGGUCUGCCUCUACCUGUUCAUAAUGGUAUUUAUGAUAUUUUGCGGUUACGGUGGACCGGAUUCUUUCGUGCUCAGCAUGGUUUUUCAUGUUUGCGGCCAAUUUGCCGCUUUAUCAUGCAAAAUCGACAAUUUGCUAAGAGAUCAUGAGAAUUACCAUCGUCAUAUCAGUAGCAUCGUAUCAAGACAUCAAGAUCUGAUAAGAUUAGCAGAAAUUUUAGAGAACAAUUUUAACAUGAUAUGCCUACAGCAAACUCUGGGCACUGUAUUCUUGCUCUGUUUAACACUGUAUCAUAUGAUUGCGAAAUCGGAUUUUGGCGAAAAUACUAGUGUUGUACUUUUCGCGAUGUAUACAAGCUGCGUAAUUAGUACAAUUCUCGUCUAUUGCUAUGCAGGCGAAUGCCUCAUUACUGAGAGCGCCAAAUUACGCGAGACAUUUUAUAAUACUAAUUGGUACAAUAAUUCACCGUCGCAAACAAAGUUAAUCGGCCUUUGUAUGGUACGAUCGGAGAAACCAUUGAUAUUGACUGCCGGAAAAUUCCUUGUAUUAUCACUAAACACAUUCACGGGUAUUGUAAAAACAUCAAUGGCGUACCUGUCCAUGUUACGCAAUUUUUUGUAAAAAAAUUUUGUUUUGAAGUAUUUUGCUAAAAUUUAUCUACGGAAUUGUGUACAUAAAUAUUAGACAUUUAUAAUUUAUAAUAAUUAAAAUAAAAUUAGUAGUAUAAUACUUAUUAUAAUUUACAAUCUUACCAAUGUCAGAUGUACAUGUAUGUUUCUAUGAUAAUAUGUAUAACGAACGAAUAUAUUAUUCGUAAAAUGCCAUAAUGAAUUAAUUUAUAUUGUAUUAUACAAAGUUAUAUAAUGUUUAUUAUUUUGCGAUGAUAAUAAUACUUGCAAUUUGGGAGAUUUUAA